CACCAAGGCCUUUACAUACCACCUACCUACCUACUGUACAGCAAGAGCAAGAGCAUCAUCAUCAUCAUCAGCACGUCUUGUUUACAUGUGCCGCCUGCUGACCCGCCUUCUGACCUGCUUGCUGACCUGCUGACCUGCCCACACGCCUGUAAUGGAGUCAGAGGAUGAUGGGCGGUCCAGCCCUUCCGCUGCCCAGGACUCCGACAAUGAAUCCAUGAAGUCCGUGGCCUCGGCAGCUUCCGCCAUGUCUGCUGCCUCCAAGACCUCGCGCGCCUCCUCCCGCCAGUCCCGCACCUCCUCCAGGGCCUCCCGAGCCUCCCGCACCUCCAGGCGGUCCAGCGUCAGCAGUGCCGCCAACGCUAGUGACGACGAGGCCGGGCGGAGGUCAGGCGCGGGCAGUGACAGUGAGGUGGAGGAACGGCGCUCAGUGAUGGACAGUGACGAGGAGAACGACGGAGGGAAGAGGGAGGAGGAGGACGACGAGGGGAAGGGGAGUGGCGGCCCCCCCUCCUCCCCUGGCAUAGACCCCCCCUCCUCACCCCCAGUGGACCCCCCCUCCUCCCCCGCCCCAAUGGAGGAAGGCGACGAGGGGAAGAAGGUUGCCAGUGAGGUUUUCGGGGCAUCAGACUCAGAGGGGGAGGGGGGGGCCAAGGCAGGGGGGGGUAGCCCUAGGUCAUCCCCCCCGGCCUCCCCCGCCCAAAGCCCCGCCAGGUCAAAAUCCGGGUCACGUUCAAGGUCGCGCUCGAAAUCCGGGUCGAGGUCAAAGUCUGGGUCACGUUCAAGGUCGCGCUCAAAAUCCGGGUCAAGGUCGCGGUCGAGGUCAAAGUCCGGAUCAAGGUCGCGGUCGAGGUCAAAAUCUGGCUCGCGUUCCAGGUCAAGAUCUAAGUCCGGGUCACGCUCACGGUCAAGAUCAAAAUCCGGGUCAAGAUCGCGUUCUAGGUCAAAGUCCGGGUCAAGGUCAAGAUCCAGGUCAAAAUCAGGCUCAAGGUCAAAAUCAGGUUCAAGGUCAAGAUCCAGGUCAAAAUCAAGGUCGAGGUCGAGGUCAAAAUCUGGGUCACGAUCAAGGUCAAGAUCAGGUUCGCGGUCUGGAUCAGGGAGUUCAAGGUCGAGGUCAAGAUCGAAGUCAAGGUCAAGGUCCAAGUCUGGGUCAAGGUCGAGGUCAAGGUCGGGGAGCCGCUCUGGUGCCUCGAGGAGUGGGUCAGGAAGCCCAGCCAGAUCCAGAGGUGCCAUCAGCAGGUCAAGGUCAAGAUCCAGGUCAAAGUCUGGGUCACGGUCUGGGUCUGGGUCGAGGGGCGGGUCACCGAACAAGCGCAAGGUGCUCUCGGACUCGGGCGGCUCGGACUCGGAUGUCGUUAGCCGCAAGAAGGUCAAGAGGAAGAAGCGCGUUAGUGUCAGCGGCAGCGGCAGUGGGUCAGGGCGCGUGAGUGACUCCGAGGAUGAAGCACCGCGUCACAAGAAGCCGCCAGGGAAGAGGAAGAAGAAGGCCAUGCUGAGUGGGAGUGACAGCGACAGCGGCCCAGAGCGCGCCAAGAACCGUAAGGGCAGCGGGGCGGAGUCUGAGGCCGAGGCACCGCCGCCAGGGAGCCCCACACCAGGGACGGCAGGGGACGAGGCAGGCGGCGAGGGGGAGAACAAGGCCCUCCCACAGCUCUCCGACAGCGACGACGAGGCCAUCCGCCAGCAGGCCCAGAACCGCGAUGAGUCUUACUACGUCAACGACUUCGACAUGAUGAUGGCAAAGAAGAAGGAGGAAGGCGGCAAGAUGAGGCGUCGCAAGAACAACGUAGACAUCAUCAACGACAACGAGGAGCACAUCGCCAUCAUUGUCAAAAAGAUGCGUCAAGCUGCAGAGGACGACCGGAUGUUGAACGAGAAGCAGCAGCCGGCCACUAAAAAGAUCGCCAUGCUGGAACUCGCUAUGAGCCAGAUUAACAAGCACAACCUCAUCGAAGGCUUCCUGGACGCCAACAUCCUCUCCGCCCUCACCGACUGGCUCGCCCCCAUGCCCGAUCGCUCCCUGCCGGCCGCCAAGAUCAGGGAGGCCGUCAUUAAGUGGCUGAUUGAGCUGCCGCCGCUCUCCCAGGACAUGCUGAAAACCUCUGGCAUCGGCAAGGCCAUCAUGUACCUCUACAAACACCCCAAGGAACUGAAGAUGAACAAGGACCGCUGUGGACGUCUGAUCUCCAUGUGGUCACGGCCGAUCUUCAACGUGUCCGACGACUUUAAGAGCCUGAGUCGUGAGGAGAGGCUUCAGCGGGACCUUGAGCUUCACCAGACUUCAGGAAUCACCAGGAAGGAGGACAUGCAGUUUGACGAGUCCGGGAAGCCGCUGAGACCAGGUGACCCCGGGUGGUGCUACCGAGCGCGUGUCCCACUUCCCUCGGUCAAGGAUUACGUGAAUCGACCCAAGUGGCAGAGUGAGGUUGACCUGAGCAGGGGGUCGAAGAAGGAGAUGAGUCGGCUGGAAAAGCAGAUGCGGAUGUUCCAGGAGAAGAAGCGCAUGUCCAAGGCCAGGCGAGCCGUGACCAUCAGCAUUGAGGGGCGGAACAUGGCCCUCUAGUGUACCCAUGCCUGUUGCCCCCCCCCCUUUCCCUAUGUCCCUUACCCUUGGCCCAUCUUCCCUCUCCCAUGUACCUUCCUCUCCCUAUGCCCCUUCCCCUUGGCCCAUGUCCCUUUGUCACUCACUCACUUUCCUCUCAAUGCACAAACACACACACACACACACACAUUUACAUUUUCAUUUCUAGUUUGUUCAGAUGAUAUAGAUAGACAGAGAGGGUUGGCAGUCACACAUACACACACACACACAAGACAGAGAGGGUUGGCACUCACUCAUUCACACACACACACACACACACACACACACACACACACACACAGACAGAGAGGGUUGGCAGUCACACACACACACACAAGACAGAGAGGGUUGGUACUCACACACACACAUAUGCACACACAUUUACACAUCAGGUUCCCCAUUAUUAUUAUUACUCUUAUUGGUAUUAUUAUAGUUAUUCUUCUGUAUUAAUUGUAAGUGACUUGUAUCUUUUCCUUCCUUGUAAGAUUUUUUUUUUUUUAGUAUAGGACAAUUCUGUUUAAUUAUGUCACUUUUUGCCCUUUUCCUCUUCAGAUAUUUACUUGAAGUGUGUGUGAUUUGCUUCCCUUUGCUAAAUAUUCUAAGCUAAAAAAAAAUCUGUGACAUUUGCAAUUUUUUCUUGGGCACGUUUUUUCCUUUCCUCCCUUGAUUGUAAUGAGUUUUUUCCCCGGACAUUUUUUCACCAGCUUCUAUUUCUUCCCUUGCGACAUUUACCAGCCUGUAUUCUAUGGUCUGUAUUACUAGUCGAAUCCAAGAAGUUUCGGGUCCCUAGAGAGGUCAGCGUAAGGGCCGUGCUAGAAGUCCAAUCCAAGAAGUUUUGGGUCCCUAGAGAGGUCAGCGUAAGGGCCAUGCUACAAGUCCAAUCCAAGAAGUUUUGGGUCCCUAGAGAGGUCAGCGUAAGGGCCGUGCUACAAGUCCAAUCCAAGAAGUUUCGGGUCCCUAGAGAGGUCAGCGUAAGGGUCCAAGAAGUUUCGGGUCCUUACAGCGUUUGGGAUGAAGAACUCCGUUGGGACCCGACACUUCUCGGAUUCAACUUUUAAUACGGACCCGAAACUUCUCCGAUUCAACUUUUAAAACGGCCCUACAUGUAUUUACCUACCUAUUUAUUAUUAUUUUCAUGUGUGUUACUACCUGCAUGUAACUAUAUCUCUUAUUGAUUCUCGCCCUAAGAGUGACGGAUAUCUCUAAGGCUGUAUAGAUAUUUCCUUUUAGAGUUAUAGAAGCGUUCCAGAUUUGACUCUGCCGUUGUCAGGUGCAAGAUUAGUUUUCUCUCAUUAUUAUUAUUAGUGUUCCUGUUUGAAGCAUACCCAAGAGUUUCUAUUAUCAUUACUAUUAUUAUUAUUACCAGUUGUAACAGAUAAAUGAAGGUCUGUUGGCUAUUAUUAUCUGAAGCUGAAAAUUGGACAAAAAAUGAGUGUGGUUGUCCUCUUUUCUUCCCUGUUCCCAUCUUCCUUAUCUCUUCUUUCAUUUUCAAUUGUAACUUUCCUUCUUUUUCCUCUCUUCAUCUGUGGUGCUCCUUCUCUCUCCUCCCUUUUCCUUAUUUCAUUUCUGGCUUUCCUUCUUUUCGUCUCAUUCUAUUCUUUUCUGUCGGACUUUUCUUUUGCUCUCUGGGAACCCACACGACCAGAGGCAGACAGACACGGAGGGAGAAAAAAGAAAACUCAAUUGAAUGUAUUGUUUUAAUGGGAGACUGAAGUGUUGGAGGUUACAGGCCUUGACUCUGUAUGAUAUGGUAAUGUGUAGUGUUGGAGAGAGAGAGAGAGAGAGAGAGAGAGAGAGAGAGAGAGAGUAAAUGAAGGGAGGAUCCUAAGAAGGGUGUGAAAAAAAUGGAAAAGUAAUGGGAGAGAGAGAGAGAGAAUGAAUGAAUGAAUGAAUUGGAAGCUAUUUGGUGUGUAGGUUAAGAGAGCAAUGUAUGUUUGUAUAGGACUAUGUGUGUAUUAUUAUUAUUAUUAUUAUUAUCAUUAUUAUUAUUGUGAAUGGGUGUUGGUAUGUGUGGUGACUCUUUAUUCAUUUAUUUAUUAUUAUCAUUGUUAGUUUUAAGAAUUGGGUAGAUUGUGUGCACUGUAGUAAUUAAUGAUGAUUACUACUACUACUACUACUACUACUACUACUACCUAUUUUUUUCAAUGGCCCCAGCCUCGCCAAUGCCUGUGUCUAACAACCGACUUUAUUUACUAUUACAAACAUUAUUAUACAUACUGUUCUUUAGCUAACUACUACUACUAUUACUACUACUACUACUACUACUACUGCUACUUUUAGUUGUUACGAUGCACAAAUGUACUGAGUUUCCUUUGAUAUAAUUUUUCUGGUACUUUGCCUAUCCGCAAGCAGAAAGACGGAAAUGGAAAGGAGGUUAAGGUGUCUAGAUAUAGAUUGAUGGAUUGAUUGAUUGAUUGUGGAGGUUAAGGUGUUUAGAUAAAUAGAUUGAUGGAUUGAUUGAUUGAUGGAUUGAUUGGUUGUGGAGGUUAAGGUGUUUAGAUAAAUAGAUUGAUGGAUUGAUUGAUUGACAGGUUGGUUGUGAGUCGGUCAAUGCUCACACACACUUAAUUCUGUAUAAAAAUAAAGGAGAAAAAUGAAGUUCGUAUGUGCAUUAAUUUGACAGGAGGCAUGUAGUACACUUAUGUGGCUUUAUAUACCAAAAAAAUAUAUAGAAAAAAAUAUGUAGAUUGUUUUUACACACACACAGCACACUCUAUAUAAAAAUAAUCAAGGUUGCAUAUGUAUAGCUCUAACAUUGACAGCCAAACACACAACACACGAUAGCCACCCUCUGUAGUGAAGGAGGUAAUGAAUGGACAGUGUUUGGUGUGGUGCUGUCCUCUGUAACCCGGUAGCUGCGGGGAUCAUGUUUCUUAAAGGCUCCUCUAAGCGAGAAAAAUGAGAAAAAAUCAUCACUCAAGCAAACGGUUUCAUAAUAUUUAUCAUUGCAUUUGUGAUCAGUUUAUGCAUCAUCUAUUUUUGGGGGGUUUAUAUCAUGGCAAAAAUUUGGCCCAUCGCUGCUACCGGGUUGAGGCCUCGUCCACAUUAUUGGGCAGUAAAGUCCCUCAAGGCUCCUCAAGGGAAAGAAAAAGAUACAAAAAAGCCCACUGCCUGUACUUGAAUGAGUUGAUCGAGUAGCACAGACUAGGUUGAAAAAUAGGGAAGAUGAGACGAAUUCAGUGCCUGUUGAAUAAGUGCCAUGGCCUGGAACUUAGAGAGUGAAAAUACAUAAUAACUGAUUGUAAAUACUGAAAAAUAGGAACUAGGUUGAAAAAUAGGGAAGAUGAGACGAAUUCAGUGCCUGUUGAAUACGUGCCAUGGCCUGGAACUUAGAGAGAGAGAAAAUACAUAAUAACCGAUUGUAAAUACUG